GGUGAGGCGGUCUAUGGAGCGUUCACUUUGUCUGUCGGCAAUGGAACAAACCCACAGCGUCCACGCAGCGGGACACACCGAGGAAUGAUGCCACUCUCUUUUUCGCGGUCCUGUGAAACUAAUUGUUGCUUUUGAUACGAAAAUCUGCACCCCUCCCACCCCUUUACCCUCCUGCAGCCUUCUAUCACAUCUCUGCAGCACCCUUUACAGCUGAUCCCCCUUUUUUUUCUUUUCCCACCCUCACUCUCCGUUGCAUUGAGAGGUGCCAUCAUCGGAACCGGAGCGUGCAGGGUGCUUGCACAGGCUCAUUUAGGCUCCUUGCACAGUGGUGUGCAGACCCACUGCGUCUGCCAUUCAUCUACACGGAUUAAAUACCUAAAGGAACAUGUUUUUUCGUUUUCGGUAGUCCAUUUUGAAGAAUUGUUAAAAGAAAGCCCAGAAGGGUGUGCAGCGGAAGGAUUGGGAACCGUGCUGGUCAGACGCGGCGCUGUUCACCUGGAAUACCGAAAGGCAGAAGCUCUCCAGUGACACGCAACUUAUCAACACUGUUGCAUGUGUGCAUGCACUUGUCCAGUGUAUAGAUUGAUAGUCAGUCCCGACACUGCAACUAAGUUCUUCUAAAUCGCGCGCAGAUACAACCCAAAUCUCAAUGAUGUUCCGGACUCAGAGUUCCUCAUCAGCAUGACAUUUGGUUGAAGCAUCUUUUGGACCCUCAGAAUAAUUCUGCAGCAGCUUUUCCUCUAAGCCGAACUAGACUCUUGGGUGUUUUUUGACUCGGUUCGGGGAGAUGGCCGCGAUCGCCAGCUCUCUGAUCCGCCAGAAGCGCCAGGCGAGGGAGUCGAACAGCGACCGGGUGUCCACGUCCAAGCGUCGACCCAGCCCCAGCAAGGACCCCCGCUCUCUAUGCGAGCGGCAUUUUUUGGGGGUCUUCAGCAAAGUGCGCUUCUGCAGCGGCAAGAAAAGACCCGUGCGCCGGCGACCAGAUGCACCCUCGAAACCUCCACAGGUGUCCCAUAAGGGCUGCAGGCUAGAGCCACAGCUGAAAGGCAUCGUGACACGAUUGUUCAGCCAGCAGGGCUUCUACCUGCAGGUGAAGCCGGACGGAACCAUUGAUGGCAGCAAGGACGAGAACAGCGACAACACCCUGUUUAAUCUUAUUCCUGUGGGUCUGAGAGUGGUGGCCAUCCAGGGAGUGAAGAGUGGCUUCUACAUCGGCAUGAACGGCGAGGGCAUGCUCUACAGCUCUGAAAUGUUCACGCCGGAGUGCAAGUUCAAGGAGUCGGUUUUUGAGAACUACUACGUGAUCUACUCGUCCACUGUUUACCGACAGCAGGAGUCGGGCCGGGCCUGGUUUCUCGGCCUCACCAAGGAGGGACAAGUCAUGAAAGGCAACCGGGUCAAGAAGACCAAGCCCUCGUCUCACUUUGUACCAAGGCCGAUUGAAGUUUGUAUGUACCGCGAGCCGUCGCUGCACGAGAUUGAGGACAAGCAUCGCUCCCGGAAGAGUUCAGGGACCCCCACCAUGAACGGAGGCAAAGCAGUCCACCAGGACUCCUCAUAGCAAAGAAAGGGAGGGGCUUCCACUGAGGGGCGUGGCCUGAACACUCCCCGGCCCCCACAUAAAAAGGGAGGGGCCUUAGGAAACUUCCCGCCUCCCUCCAAACAAACAUAUGCACCAUCGCUUCCUCGCUGAAAUAGCGUCAUCGUCAUGGCGACCGAGGAGCUACUACUGUACUCUCAUGACAAGAUGGAACAAACUCUGAACUCUUGCCUGUGAAAACUUUUAGAAGAAUUAAUACGAAACAGAGGAAAACUAUAUAUCUAUAUCUAUAUAAACAUUUUCAAUCAGGACUCGACCAAUAUUUUAUGCAAAAAAGAGAAAAAGCUGUGACACACAACAGAUCAGAGGUCUCGCCUCACACAAAUAUCUCUCAUUUACAUUUUAUGCUGUGAAAAAAAAGCUUUAAUAUGUGUUGACUUGUCAUACAUGCAUUUUUUUCUAAAUGCGCUUUUGUGUUCGUUUUGCCAAUAAUAACUAGUCCCUCAGCAUACCAAUGUGCUGUGAAGCUAACUAUAAAAAACAUUUCCCCCUUCUUUUUCCUUUGUGGGACUGAAUCACAUUUAAAGCUUCGUCGUGGAUUAAUCUUGAAUCAAACGAGUCGCUCUGGCUGAAUGUAUUUGCUGAUCUAGUCACGAGAGUGCUUAAGCUGGGAUGUCAGUAACUCAGGUGUGUACUGUAUGUGUGACUACAACAGUGUCCAGCAUCGGAAGCAAUAUAAGAGUGCAGUGUAGGAGUGCACUCAUGUCUGUUGAGAAGACUGAACUAUUUGACGAUAUGUUUGAGAUUAGUUGGUUUUGCUAUGUAGACGGGAAUUCCAGGAAAUGGUGUUCUCCUUCCAAAAAGGAAAUGACCAGCAUCAGUAACACUAUAUGCCCAAAACACAUUUGCACUUCAUAGAACCUAACUUGUUAAAAGUAUGGUCAAAAUAAUGGAAUGUAGAUUGAUGAAAUAAGAGAAAGGAUAGGUGACAUUUUAUUGUGAAAACAUGAAAUGUGGACAGGGCGACCGAGAGCCUUCCCCGUCCAAAGGAGUUGCACAAAACCUCACCUGGCUUGGUGACCAAUGUACUACGGAGGUAGAGCGAACUGUAAAUGCUGUGUAUUCCCCAUCCUCCAAUUAGUGUGCCCAGUGUUUGUCUCUUUAGUCGGUCCAUUGAAGCGGUGUUUCCCAACCGUUUUCGAGCCAAGGCACACAUUGUACAGCAGAAAAAUCUCAUGGCACACCACCAAACAAAAAGUAUACAUACAGUGAACCCCCGUUCAGAGCCACUCAUAAUAGACUAAAAUCUGCAAUAUAGAGAGAGCACAAUCGUAAAAAAGGUUUUACCCCUCCCACAUGCUUUAAACACAUUUCAUCUUAUUAAAACACACUUUUUAAAGUAACCCUUAGCACCAACUCUCUCUUUCUCGCACAGCUCUCCAAAUAGAGAGUAAGAGUGCUUACUCCAAGCUGUUCAUUUGUCACUCCUGGUUGAAGUUUAUUGUAAAACUGACACAUAAAAUAAAAUAGAACUAAACACUGUAUAUUUAAACACCAAAGUGUACAAUGCAUCUGUAUAAUUUAGUCUAAAGAAAGUCCGCUAGCUAAAAGCUAACAUAUAAUGCAAAACACAUAGACGGUUCAUGGAAAUGAGCAAAUAUGUCACGGUAAUUAUAAACCUUGAAACUAUUGCUACUUUAGCACACACUACUUUAGCAGCAACACAUACAAACAGAGUAUGCAACAAUACUUAACAGUAUGUUUUUUGUGGGAACAAAGACUACAUUGAACUUCCACAUAUUCGCAGUUCGGCAUUCAUGUAUUCACCUGUAUGCGGGUUUUGGGGGGAAUUUAUCCUCCCAUUAGUUGUGGGAAUGCAUGUUGUGCAUGUUGUGGCACAACAUGGUACUACACUGGAGGUGCGCAACUCCAAAUUUGAACUGUUAAAACCCAUUAACAAAUCUGCGCUCUGGUGGUGGUGCGAAUGACAAAACGCGAUAUAGCGGAGGGGGCACACUGUUUACUGGAAUAAUGAUGAUCUCAUUUCCAUUUAGUCACAAAUGAUCUUAGUCAGGGUGAAAUUUGGGCCUGUUUAGUUGAACAUAAAGCUAUUUUUCUGUUGUAUGAUUGGCAACAUGGACACACAGGUUUAUUGUACUUUCCGCCAUCUAGUGGAAGAGCAUUUAAUUGUUCUACCCAGCACCAUACGCCGCUGGCUUAGAUAAAAUCAGGGGUGUCAAAUUCAUUUUUGUCUCGGGCCGCAUUGUAUUUAUGAGGGCCGUUAGAACAGUGAAAUGUUUAAUCACCAAAUCAUAUUAUUACCAUUACACAACAAAUUGAGGGAUAACUAGUUUUGAAAUCAGAAGACAAGGAUAAUAAUUUGUUCAAGUAUUGUUUAAGUUACUGUAGAAGAAGGGUUUACUAACAGAAAAAUCCAAUAUCUCAACAUUAUUGUUUAUUAUGAUGAAAAUUUGGAAUUUGGGUACAGAUUUUAGCAAAAAUCACAGAAGUUGACGAGCAUGAUUUGCUUUCGCGGGCCACAUAAAAUGAUGUGGUGGGCCGCAUCUGGCCCCCGGGCCUUGAGUUUGACACCUAUGCAGCAGAUGAACAAAGACGCAUUAUUUGUAGUAAAUACAUGAGAAUUUUUAGAUUAAUUAAGUGAAAUAGGAUAUUUUCACAAGGGUCGGAAAUCACAGAUUUCAUGUUCCAAACAUUUAGCCACUGCACAAGGAUGUCCACAUGCGGCUCAAUGGCUUCACUAAGUGGUCUAGUCACCCAAGGAAGUGGUGACAGGGUGCGAGGCCAAGCAUCGACACUGCAUGAUUGUUGAAGGUGGGACUUAUGACCUUAUGUACGAAAUGGAAAAAUGGAAAUUAUACAACAGAAUGGUUGUAUGGUAAGUGUUCUCACAUGAAUUUAGAAGGAGAAACGUUUACAAGGACUAUUCGGGCCCCACUGAAAAGGGGGAGAAAAGUAAAAUUAAGAGUAGAGUCAUGUGAAAUAAAAAAAAAAGAAUUGUGAUUUCACUACGAUAUGUUGAAAAAUAAAUUAAAUGUAUUUUUACAAGCAUAAAAUUGUAACAUCAUACCUGCAUGGAAGAUCAAGUCAAUUUAAACUUGACUGUUGCAUUCGUGUGGAAAUCUGGAUUUACAUCGUUAUUUAUUCUCGUAACCUUUCUGACUUCUACAUCUUGUAAUAUUACAGUACAACUUUUGUUUUUGUAAGAUUGCAACUUGCUCGUAUAAAUACCACUUUAUUUUCACCACUUUAUGAGUCUUUUAGUUUUGAUUUUCAUUAUUUAUUAAUAUUUAUUAUUUCAUUGUACCAAGGCUUUAUUAUCUUAAAAAAUGCAACUUUGAUCUUGUAAUAUUGCUGAAUUCAUUUUUGUAUUUGUUAAAAAUACCAAUAUUUUUUUCUUGUAAAAAUGCAAAAACAGUAACAAAGUUAAAAAUAAUAAAAACAAGACACUAAAACAAGGCAGCAUUUUGAACCAACCAGAAAUACAAUAUUUGAGGCGAGACUGGUUGACUCCAAAGUUAAGUGCAUUCCAGUAAUCCAGCCAAGAUGUGAUAAGGAUUAGGCCUACUGCUACCUGCUACCUGCCAGAAAAGGCUUCACCUUUGCCAGCUGCCUGAGGUGAAAAAAGCUGGACUGAACUACCACACCGAUUUGCAGAUCCAAUUUAAAAUCGCUCUUGAAUUUGAUAUUAUUAAUUAUUCUUAUUUUUUUUUUUUACAAAACAUUAAGACUUUUUAUUUGUGACUUUAUUCUCAUAAUAUUCCAACUUUUCGUUUAACACAUGACUUUAAUCUUUAAUAUCAUUACUUUUUUUUCUUAUAAAUGCAAUACUUUUUUUUCUCUUUCAUUGUGGCCCAAACACUCCUUUGGAAGAAGGAAUGCUGAGUAGAAAACAGGCGUAAUUGUUAGACAACUUGGAUGUUUUGCUUAAAUUGAGGAAUUUAAUGAAAACACGGACCCUAAUUGAAUGAACUUCUUGGAAAUGAUUGUGUUUUUACCCUAACAUGUUGGCCAUAUUGUGGCAGGUAUUUCCUUGCAGGGAUUUGACCAUAUUCUGUUCGAGUAGCUGGCAUAUUGUUCAGUCUGAUCACAAUAUAGUGUUAACCUUUUGUACAAUUCCCCACUAAAUUCUAGUGAGAACAAACCGACACCCAAUUGCGCAUCGCAUACAGUAUGUAAGUGCACUGCAGAUCAUUAAGGACGUGUGGGAGGGUUCAUACUGGUAUCUGGUAAAUUAAUUCCACUUUCUUGGUAACUUGCAGCAUAAUAGCGACACAAGCAUUAUAUCAGACAUAACAGUGGAAUUCAAGAGGUGCAGCAAGACC